AUGAUGCUCGCGAGCCCGGCGGCGUCAGGAGAGGCGUCGGCGGAGGCGUCGGCGGCAACAGUAGAGGGCACGGCGGUACCUUCUGUAGGAGACGCGGAGGCCGAGUCCCUUGCCCUGGCGAGACAGCUCAUGGAAGAGGAGGCGAUGGCGUCGUAUGCGGCGGCCGUGGACAACUUCCGCAGCGCGGCGGCGGCGGCAAGAGCCGCGGGGGGCGGCAUGGAGGGCGUGGCGCCCGAGGACAUGGCGGCCAUGCAGGCCCUCAUGGAGGAGGACGAGAACAACCCGGACGCCUUCGCCAUGGCGGAGGACGAAUCGCUGGACUACGACGGCAUGCUGGAGCUCGGCAGCGCCAUCGGCGACGUUCGCAAGGACAGAUGGAGAAUGAGGUGUAAGUCGGUGAUCGCCGCUCUGCCGCGGGUUUCCUACACAGCCGGCGGUUACUCGGGAGGGGAAGACACCAAGUGCCUGGUGUGCCAGUGCGACUACGAGGAAGACGACGAGCUCAGGAUUUUGCCUUGCUCCCACACCUUCCACACAGAGUGCGUGGACGGGUGGUUGGAGGAGAACGAGGAGUGCCCCACGUGCCGACGCUCGGUUUCGCCGCAGGCGUAA